CCAAAAGACGGUUGGAAGGUAGAAGCAGGUUACCAAAGUCCAAGGAAUGAGCAGGGGGGACAUGUUUUCCCAAAGGAGAGGCAGCAUGGAUAAGUUUCGUUUCAGAACUCAAGGAACGUAAAUGAGAAGGUAAAACCAAUCUGGGAUGUCUCGGAGCAGAACUUCUUGCUCUGAGGCUCUGCCUGAUACGCUGACAGGCUGAAAGAGUUGGUCACACCCUGUUAGGAGAGGGGCAGGGACAGACACCCGCGCACACACGCCCACACACACACACACACACACACACACCCACACACACACACACCGAUCUGCGUACAGCUCUGUGAACAUGACAAAGUGAGGACGACGAUGGAAACGAAAGUAAAGAGUGGAAUCAAGACACCCCUGCUAAACAAGGGCCGAGCUUCCAGAAACCGUUGCCUCAUGAACUGCAGCUUCAUCCUUCUCUUCAUGGUUUUAUCUGUGGUGUUGUUCAUGCUGUACUACAUGGACUUCAGCCAUCAGAGCAGCUGUAUAUCCGGCGGGAAACUCUGCAUUUUCAGAAAGAUAACUAACAUAACACCUACCAAAAUGGCGCCGAAACCCAACACCAUCACUCCGUUAGGUCCCACUGAGCCAGCCAGCGUCUGCUCCUUCCACUCUGCGUCACCUGAAAACGCCACAGAGGUCAACUUGUUGAAGGAAUCCAUCGCCUGGCCUGAGACGCCGUCUGUACCGCCUGACUUUUCCCUGAAUGACACCAGUGAUCCAGCUCACAGCACCUUCACCAUUCUCCCACGGAGAGGAGGGGGAAGUUGGCACGUCGGGGAUCAGAUGGAGGUUCUGAUAAGAGUCUCUGACUACCGCGGUCGCCCCAGGAAGUCUGGGGGAGACUUGUUAUACGCUCGGCUGCAGAACCGCGCCGUGUUUGCGGGCGUGGCGGGGAAAGUGUUGGAUCACCGCAACGGCUCCUACACCGCUGUGUUCUCUUUACUGUGGGAAGGAAAAGCACAAGUCGAGGUGUCCUUGGUUCACCCCAGUGAGGCAAUCACAGUCUUGGCAAAAGUGACCCAAGAGUAUCCAGACAGAGCAUAUUUUCUUAGCGUCUUUCGCUCAGGCUCCGUCACAGAGACGGUUACAUGCAACGUGUGCCUCAAGGGUCCCAAAGAGAAGCUGUGCAACUACACUGACCUCCACACGGGUGAGCCCUGGUUCUGCUACAAGCCAAAGAAACUGACCUGCGACAACAGGAUCACCCACUCCAAAGGAGGAUUCAGUUUCAAACCAGAAUCCAACGAAAAUCAGCUCUUUCAGCGUGGUGUCAACAUGAAAGUCUCCAUUCCGUCAUCAGGACCUUCCAGCAUCGACAUUUUACCCAAACUUAAAGAUGGGACCAGUGACAUUGUGAAGACUAAACCUGCUGGUUAUUACUACCAGGGAGCGUGGCGAGCACUAGACGGCACCACAGUCCGUCAGUUUAACAACGCCUCGGCGAGAACCCAGUGUCUGAAAGGGAAAGUGGUCCGCCUCUAUGGAGAUUCCACUGUCAGACAAUUUUUUGAAUUUCUAACUGGAAACACCCCAGAUCUCAAGAAGUUUGACCUGAAAAGUCCUGGAAAGGCAGGACCUUACAUGGCCUUGGAUUACAAAAACAACAUCUUACUGACGUACCGAUGCCAUGGCACCCCAAUUCUUUACACUCCCAUGCCGGCCAUUGAGACACGUCACAUUGCCACCGAGUUGAGAACUGUGGCCGGAGGCCCGGACACUGUCAUAGUGAUUAGCGUCUGGGCACACUUCACCUCUUUCCCUAUUGAGGUCUACAUCCGACGUCUGCUGAACAUAAAGAGGGCAGUGGUGCAGCUGUUGACCAGAGCUCCAGACACACUGGUCAUCAUCAGGACUUCUAAUCCCAAAGGGUCAGUUCUCAGUGAGAUACGGACCAGCAGUGACUGGUACGCCCUGCAGUGUUAUAAAGUCCUCAGGGAAAUAUUCAAAGGGGUGAACGUCCAGCUGCUGGACGCCUGGGAGAUGUGCCUGGCCCACCACCUGCCACACAGCCUCCACCCCCAGCCUCCCAUAAUAAAGAAUAUGAUCGACGUUGUCUUGUCCCACACCUGCCCCCUUGGUGGAAAGUCUAAAGGUGCAACAAAGCAGUAAGAAAAACAAUGAAGUGGCAAAUGGGACUGACAUAAAAAGGCAGCUACUCUACUCACACCUUGAUGUCUUGUGCAAAAAGAAGUGAAACCCAAUAAUCCAGAUGAUGAAGUAAGAUAUCAAUAUAGAACAGGAGGAGAUUAAGUCAAUUUUGCAAACAAAUGAUCGGAAUCGACUGUUACCAAGGAGUUGAGGAAUCCACCACUGAGUUGAAAGCUUUGGAGAUUUCUUCAAAGAGUCGGGAUUGACCAGAACAUUUCUGCACUUGGUUACAUUUCUAAGGAUAAAUAUUCAUUUGCUCUUAUCAUUUGUUGGCUAACACUGGUGACACUUGCUGUUGCUUGUGUAUGUUCGCCUCCUCCUCGACAGCUCCAUGCUACAGGGCAGCUGUUGUCUACACGUCCCUGUUCUUGUUUAGAACAGAACACUUAGUCGCUGUUAACCAGAGCUGCGUGUUGUUGUGUGUUUUGACCACACUUCCUUUCGGCCUCCUUUUGCAGAAAUUUCAGAUCCGUUUCCCUUAAACGGAUCCUGAGCUCACGACUUGGCAGAAAGAAGUGCAUGUUGCUCUCGCCCUUGCGCCUGGCUGCUCGCUCCUACACAUCAGAGGAAAUAAAUCUGAGGAAUUCUGUGGGAAAUUUUCCACCUGCAACCUCAGCGUACGAGCGUUGCGAAAUGUUUUGCCUAUCUGGUUUGGACGCACACGCUAGUUUGGCAUUUGACGACAAGCGGUCAGUGAAGCAUAAAGAAACAAACCCGUCCAGGCGAUGGCUAUCAGGUUUGUGGUGUUUAUGUAAAUCACAAGGAUGACCUUAUCUUUAAACAUGCCGUUGCCAUCUAUGAUCUUUUAUUUAUCACUUGUUUUCUUGUUCAAAGCUCCUUCAGUAAGACCAGUUCUUAAAUGAUCAUCGGCGCCACAGAUUUGACCUUUUCUGUGUGAGCAGCAAAAUUGAGAGAACAAGGGAGUUAGGAUAAAACAAACUAACGAGAGAACUAACAUUUUUUUAAUAUAAAGUUGAGCAGCUGUGAAUUAGUUUUGUACAACUUUACAUCUUCCUAUGUAAGCAUUAUAUAAGAAUCCAUUCUAUUGCUGUCUUUAGAUGAUUAUCAAGGUGUUCAGACGUAAAGACAAACAAAAAAAAAAUUCCCAUAGUUCACUCGAGUUUAUUUAAGGUUUAGUUUAUGUUUUAAGGUGAAGGUUCAUACUCCAUAAACUGUCAAUUAUUUAUUCUAAAGAUUCACUGACAACCUGACGAGGCUUAAAAAGUUUACUGUUCCAAAAUAACUAUUUUAUUUCUUGAUUUAUAUUAAUGUUCUACAUGUUGUGGUAGCUGGUAGCUCUGUUGCUUUGCACCAAGUUGUUCAGUUGUUUUUGGUUUUGAUUUUUUAUUUUGAUUAUUUCCUUUAUUCUUUCUGUAAGUUAAGUUAUUUCUUGUUAUAUAUGGGAUUUGUUUUGAAGAUUUGCUAUUUAUUUCUGUAUUUUGUUAGAUUUCCUCUUCGUUCUUUUCUCCAUGUUUAUUCUUAUACUCAGCCUUCCAUUUGCUUCCCUCCCUAAUUGUUCCUACAUCCUAUUCUCCUGCAUGUUUUCUCCUGUAGUAGGUCUCCCCCCUCCCCCAGUUUUUCUUUAAAUAUAAACUAAACUCAAACUCUGUUUUCUACUUUGCAUUUUUUUUUCCCCGCCCUAAAUCCUCCCAUCUUAACAGUUGUGGGUUCAGAUCCCUGCCAGGGGUCUUGCUGCUUGGCGUUUGGAUAUCUUCCUGUACUUUGAAUGUCACAGAGACGAAACUCUCUGGCUUACUGAGAAUCGUUUUGGAAGCAGAUACAUCAUCCACCGAGCCGAAGAUGUGUGGAUGAAAUAUGCAAUCAGGAGAGAAUGCGUAGACUUGGAGGCUUUUGAAUUGCACUUUUUCUUUAACUUUUUUUCACUUUGAGAAUAACAAAUGCUAAUAAAGAAUCCGAUUUUUAUUAGAUAUGUUGUCAGAAGCUACAACUUUGUGGUUUAUACCUUCAGUGUGAAGAUUGUGAACUGUAGCUGGAGAAAUGCAGCAGUGAUUGCAGCACUUGAUGGAAUCAGGUGAUCUGGAGGGACGACUCACAGCGACCAUGGACCAGAAUGUAAACUCAAGUGUGCUGGUAUUAAAUGCCUUUAGGUAAACAGCAAUGACCUGCAGUAUCCCUUUUAUAAAUUAUGAAGCCAACAACUAUCAUCUGUGCAAUAAAUGCUGGUAUGGCAUCUAUGA